AUGGAAGUUACGUGUAAAGAACGGACUCUUUUGUACUUGCUGCUGUUCGCGAUAUGUUCGAGCGGCGUGAGCUUCGGGGCGCGGAGGUCCAACGUGCGGAGGUCCGAGCGUCUGAGUCCUCCUCUGGACAUUCAGCUGGAGACUCUGAACUGCACGGCCUUCAGUGUGAGGUGGAAAAUGCCCCGCAGACACGUCAGCACCAUCACCGGAUACAAGGUUUUCUACACAGAGAUGAGGGGCGGGCGUCCUGUGGGCUCGGCCUCUGUCAUGGAGGUGCCUCUGAGCUUGGACAUGCUGACCACAGGCCAGUUUGAUGGACAGGCCAGUUUUGAUGUGGUGGUCGGAAACCUGAAGGUCAACACUAAGUACGGGGCCAGUGUGGGGGCGUACGGCUGGGCGGGGGAGGGGAGGCCCAGUGUACCCAGAGACGUCAGCACCGCCUCACACGAGAUGUGCAUGCCCCCCACGCCCCCCACCACUCCGGUAGUGAUGGCCGUUUCUGAUACGGAGCUGGCGUUGUCGUGGCAGCAGGGGGAGAGUGAGGGAAGCGCCCCGAUUCUCCACUUCCUGGUUGCAUACAUCAGACCGGAGAUGGACACCGAGUGGACGUACAUCCGUGAUCCCAUCCAGACCAGCUCCAUGGUGCUGAAGGGGCUGCUGCCGGACACCCAGUACCAGUUUGUGGUGAGGGCGGUGAACGUGCACGGCGUGAGUCCCCCCAGCCACAUCAACAGCCCCGUGCGAACGUGUGGAUGUGGAGACGUGGGCAGCGCGGACUACGGCCUCUACAACACAAACCUGGGCCCGGAUGAAGAUCUCUUUGACGUGGACGACUCCGACUAUGACGUCUUCAUAGAGGAGUUGAAUCCAUUUCCCGGGAUUCCUCAGGACAACAGGAAGUCCCAGCUGCGUUCUCGGCCCGGGUCGCCUUCAGGACAAAACGUGGUGUACCGCAUGAACCCCAUCCUCCCUCCGAACGCCACCUCUACUCCGCUCUCCUCCACCUCCACUACUACUUCACCUCCUCCAACUACAACCACAACAACAACGACCACCACGACCAGCACGCUGCCCCCCACCACAGUCCCCCCCACCCUGUCGCCAUGGCGAGGAGACGUGCCCCGAGUGUACGACCUGAGCUGUGACGAGACGGUGUGUCCCCCCGACAGCUUCUGCCUCAGCGACGACGAGAGGGGAGGCGCCCGCUGCCACUGCAACCUGGGCCGAGAGGGGGACUACUGCGACAACGCUGUGUCCAUCAACUUCCCCCGUUUCUUCGGAUACUCUCACAUGACCUUUGAACCCCUGAAGAACUCGUACCAGACGUUCCAGAUCACGCUGGAGUUUAAGGCAGAUUCAGAGGACGGGCUGCUGUUGUACUGCGGAGAGAACGAACACGGUCGAGGAGACUUCAUUUCUCUGGCUCUGGUCCGAGGGAAACUGCACUACAGGUUUAACUGUGGGACCGGAGCCGCCCAGAUCGUCGCAGAGAGCCGCGUUGUGAUUGGUCGAUGGCACAGCGUGACACUGUUCAGGGACGGCAUGAGCGGCUGGCUGCGAUUGGACAACGAUAACCCCAUCUCCGGGCGCUCGCAGGGCCAGUACACAAAGAUCACAUUUCGCUCUCCUCUGUACGUGGGCGGGUCUCCCAGCGCAUAUUGGCUGGUGAAGGCCACAGGGACCAACCGAGGCUUUGUGGGCUGCAUCCAAAGUCUCACCAUCAACAACAAAGUGACCGACCUCCGACCCUGGCCCCAAGGAAGAGCCCUGAGCGGAGCAGACAUAGGUGAAUGUAACGACAGUGUGUGUGACGCGGUGAGCUGUUCUAACGGAGGCGUGUGCUUUGCUAACCGUGCGGACAGUUACAUCUGCCUGUGUCCUCUGGGCUUCAGAGGAGCUCUGUGUGAAGAGAGUUUCGUGCUGUCCUCUCCUCUCUUCAACGCGUCCGUCUUCUCUUUCGCCGCUGUGCCGUGGCCUCAGACCGCCCAGAGUUUCUUGUCGUUCAUGGAGUUCGAGUUGACGUUUUGGCCCUCGGCUCCUGACGGGACUCUGCUGUACAGCGAGGACCAGGACAGCGCAGACUUCCUGUCCAUCAGCCUCAGCGAUCGAUACGUGGAGUUUAGAUUCGACUGUGGCUCUGGGGGAGCAGUCAUCAGGAGCCUGGAGCAGAUCAGCCUGGACUCGUGGCAUGAGCUGCGGGUUUCUCGGACGGCCAAGAGCGGAAUCCUCCAGGUGGACGAGCAGAGACCUGUGGAGGGCAUCGCAGAGGGGGCGUUCACUCAGAUCAAGUGCAGCUCUCCUCUGUUCGUCGGAGGAGUCCCAGAGUACGACAGAACCAAGAGCACAGCCGGAGCACUCAGGCCUUUCACUGGGAUCAUUCAGAAGCUGGUGCUCAAUGACCGGCCCCUCCCCAUCACCUCGGGCUCGGCCGGGGGCGUGAACGUGGCGAACUCGGACCACCCGUGUGUGGACAGUCCCUGCGCCAACGGGGGCACCUGCAGACCCAAGUGGGACAGCUACGAGUGUGACUGCCCCCUGGGGUACGACGGGCGCCACUGCCAGAAAGAGUGUGGGAACUAUUGUCUGAACACGGUGACAGAAGCCAUAGAGAUCCCGCAGUUUAUCGGAAGAAGUUAUCUGACGUAUGACAACAGCGAUAUCCUCAAACGGAUCUCCGGCUCUCGCACGGCUCUGUUCAUGCGGUUUAAGAGCACGGCCACAGACGGGCUGCUGCUGUGGAGAGGAGACAGUCCCAUGAGGCCCAACAGUGACUAUCUGAGUCUGGGGCUGCAGGACGGAGCGCUGCUUUUCAGUUAUAACCUGGGCAGUGGUCCUGUGAAUAUCGUCGUCAACGGGACUUUCAGCGACGGGAAGUGGCACCGAGUCAAAGCUGUCAGAGAUGGACAGUCUGGGAAGCUGACGGUGGACGACUACGGAGCAAAGACCGGUCGAUCUCCUGGAAAAAUGAGACAGCUCAACAUAAACGGGCCUCUGUAUGUGGGUGGUAUGAAGGAGAUCGCCCUGCACACAAACAGACAGUACCUGGGGGGUCUGCUGGGCUGUGUGUCCCACUUCACCCUGUCCACAGACUAUCACCUGGCUCUGGUGGAGGACGCAGCGGACGGCAAGAACAUCAACACCUGCUCCACCUAG